UUCAGACUGGUAGUUCAAACUAAUGCUGAAAAAAGGACAAGAAAUAAUCCAAAAAGAAGUGAUGCCGCAACACCUGCACUUCCAUGGCUGCAGUGGUUAGCCAUGCAAUGCGACGGUUUCCGACUUCACCAUCGGACACCCCGUAUUCGUCCUGCAGAUUUAAAGGCGGCAGUAGUAGCCGUAGCGAAGGUUCAAGCGCUCUCUCGCGCUCCAUGCGGUACGCGGAUCCCUGGCUGUACGGCAGCGUGCAGAGCGGGGGCGUCGCGACGCCAGGCGCCUUCCUGCUAACGCCGGCGUUCGCGUUGUGCGCCUGCGCCCCGGAUUGUUCCGGUGGCGGCGGAACGAAGCGGGCCGCCAAGAAGACGCAGCAGACGACGUGCAAAAAGUGCAAAGGCACUAGGCUACCAGUAUCGGCGUUGGACUCGAAAUUCGGCACGGUGAGAUGCUACCCCACCACCGUCCUUGCGACCAAUCCGGCGCCUGCGCGCGCCGGCACCGUCCGCGUCACCUCCUGCCACGCCAGACCGACCAUCCUGCCACCUCCAGCCGCCUCCAACGCCGCCUGCGACCCUUACGACCUGGUGCGCCGCUCCCGGUUGACGGGGGCGGUAGAAAACCCUUCGAGCGGGUUCAGGGUACGAUCGGUGUCGCCGAGAGAGGCCAGGAAUCACGGAAUAUGUGCAGGUGACCACCAAGACCCCUACAUCACUCCCAUUGGCCGUCGCUCCAUCCUGGAGUGCGACAUCAACCCCUACGAGCUAGUCUCCCCUGACUCUUCCACUGGCCCACAGCCCAGCAUCACCCUCGUCAAUGGCCAAAGGAUCCGCGUCAGACCUUCCAGCAAUGAUGAAGACUUCGAGGACGACCAGAGGUACGAGGACGUCCAGUUGAGGCUGUCUUCGCCUGCCAAAUCCAUGGCCAAAACACAGAAAACAAGUUUGAAGGCGGUAGCUAAGAGGCCCAGCUCGAUGCCUGCAGUUACGAAGGAGAGGCAUAGAGAUGAUAAGCAACAAACGAAUAAUGGCCCUACGUCUAAAUCGAGAACCAAAACUAAUUCGCUUCAAGAGAGCGGCAACGACUACUACAACUGCCAGUUCAAAUCCAUCUUGAAGAAAUCCUCCAUUUACGAUGACGUAGAAUCAGAUGAAGUUGUCCAAACAAGGAGUCCUUCGCCUGUCAAACGAAAAGGAUCUCAAUUUUAUAUUCCUAUGCCCUCAUCGCCCGGUGUUGGGGUCAAGAAGAAAGUUCAAUUUCUCGUCGAAAGUGACGCAGCAGGCAAUGAUAACAUUCCCGGUGAAAAAACUGCCGAUGAAAUUGAAUGUAGCAGUGAAGACGAUGAGGUUUUCGAAAAAGAGGUUGAAUGUAAGGAGGUACAAAAUACACCCGAAAAUGAGACCAUUAGAAGACCACCUGCUUUAUACAGAAGCUUUAGCGACAGAAUACGAAGAGAAGAAUCCAAAGUCAAUUUCAACGAUACCAUGGCCCUCCGUUGUCUCAAACAGAGAAGGAACCUGCCAAUAGACUUCUCCGAUCUCGACAGACUCGACGGCACAGUCCGUAAAGCCAUCAGGAAAGUCAGUCCAAGACCUAACGUCCCCCCACCACCACCUCCACCUCCAAAACAAGAAAAAUAUGAAUCUAAUUCGACCCCAUCAAGUGAAAAAGUUGAGGCACCACAAGUUAAUCAGGAAGAAACACUUUCCAAUGGGUUGGAAAAACCUGAUGAAGUCACUUCGAUGGAAAAGCUCGACAGAUGCAUCAGUGGAGACAUAACAGUUCCAGUUCCUAUCCAAACAGAUCCUCCUUCAGUUCCUCCAAGAAAAAGAAGCAACAACAAGCAGCCCACCGUGAACACAGUAACAGUUCACCCCGUUAAAAUCGAAACCCCAAUGAACAAAACUAUCGUCAGGAUAAGCAGCCCGCCAGCAGUACACAAACUCCAAAUAAAAAACGAUUACUCCGAGACUGUAUCAGUUCCCUCCUUGUCAAUCAUAGAGAACUCUCAAAGAAAAACGUCGAUCUUAAUCAACGGAGACGACUGUUACUCCACAGUGAACGUAGGCGACUCAGUGCCUCUCUAUCAGUCCUCUGUGGUUGUCAAAGACACGCCAGCUUCCAAGCAAAAGAAGUGCAGCAGCAUCUACAUAACAGGAGCGUUCACCCAGCACGAAAACCUUCCUAGUUCCUCAGAAAAAGAUCCUGCUGAGCUGGACACAGCGACAAGCGAUGUUAAAGACAUCACAUCAGAGACGGUAACUUCUUCAGAGCUGUUGACUGAACUGUUGAGGGACCCUGUAGAGGCCGUUCGUCGCAACUUGGUACCUCACGUCUGCGGCAAGUCAGAUGUGUCUAGGAGACCGCGCGACAAGAAAACGGUGCACCAUAGCAAAUUCCCUCCAGGCUGCAAGAAAGACGUUGGGGUGUCAGAGGAUAGAAGUAAGAUGUCGAGCUCGUUCGAAGAGUCGCUGUUCAAGAUGUCGCCCUACGAGACCGUUUGCGACGACUUGUCAUCAGAGCACAGUUCCUCCACUCAGUACGAGUUCAUGGACGCCGGCUCGGAUUGUUAUACGGACAACAGUAACAGGAGCUCGAUAACGGAAGAGGAAUUGGCCAAUAGGACGAAGUUUUACGAGCUGCUGGCGGAGUCGAGUGCCGUGGAGGUGACGGAGAACGAAGACCAUCUGUACGAGUGCAUCAAGAUCAGCAACGAUCCGAUUUAUGAGGAGAUCGAGAUUCCGCCACCGUUGCCCAGCAAUCCGCCGCCUGCUAGUCUGGUCGAUGAUCUCAAUUUGGAUAAGGAGUUCACCACAAGGUCCAUCUUCGAGGGAGCCUCCAAAUACGACAUCCUCAGCUACCUGGUGGACGCCAAAGAGCGAGGCAUCGUCCAAGAAGACCACCCCUUCACCUACAACUUCUCCCACCACAACCACCAAAACCAAACGGAAGAAGACAUCCGCACCAUCAGCGAUUCCAGCGAAGACAACUCCUUGAUCAUCUCCGGAGCUCUCAUAGACGAAAAAGCCACUUUCCAGAAGACAGCUGAAAUCGAAAGGAACGAUUCCGGAGUGGGCUCGGAAACCAGCAAAAGCUCCUUCAGCAAGUACAGGAGCAAACCGGAGCUAUGUUUCCCCUGCGAAGACUGCGAAGCAAUCCUAGACAGCAAACUGGAAAUAGAAGCUUCCUUGUGCAGAAAGUGCUCGAAGAAACGAUCCGAACGCAAAGAAAUCAUAACAGAGAUAGUGGAAACCGAGGAGAAAUACAGCAGGGACCUGCAAAUCAUCCUGGAAGAGUUCUACCAGCCUAUGCUGGUGGCAGGACUGUUAACACCUGAUCAGCUCUCGGCUAUCUUCCUCAACGUGGAAGAACUCCUGGAAAACAGUCAAGCCUUGGCAGAGAAGCUCAGGGAUGCAGUGGAAAUUGCCACGGAGCAAGGCGAUGAAGAUUUGCUUACUGUUAAUACGGGGAAACUCUUUCUGGAAGCCAUACCGAUGCUGCACGCCUUCGAAACUUACUGUGUGCGACAAGGCAGUGCCAGCCUCCUAUUGGCCAGCCUCGAAAAGGACAAAGAACUACUCAGGAUCUUUCUGAGAGUGUCGCAAAUGGAGAACGCCAUGCUGCGGCGCAUGAACCUCAACUCUUUUCUCAUGGUUCCCGUCCAAAGGGUCACCAAGUACCCCCUGUUGCUAGCCAGACUCUACAAGGUCACUCCAGCACACUUGCACAACAAAAAUGAGUUGAAGGAGGCCCAGCACAAGAUAGAGUUGCACCUCAAUCACAUGAACUCCGAGACCAAGGACGUGCCGAGCAAGCUAUGGAGGAGGAUAGGUAGCAGUUCGGGCAGGAGGUCCAGCGCCGAAAUGGAUCUGGUGAACAUCAAAUUGAGGAAGAUCGCUGUCGAUGUUCUGGAAUGGAACCACGAGGAGGCGCGGUUUGCGUUGGAGGGAAAGCUGCUGUUCACGCAGCCGACUGACAAUAAUUGGAGGAGGGGCAGGACCAUCAAGUUGACGCCAGUCAACGCGCUGCUGGUCGUCAACGGAAAGAUUGCAGUCAACAACAGAUACAACGUUAAUUUGAUAGACAGUAUUCUUCCUAAAGAACUUCAUAUUCAUAAUAAAACUAGUCAAGAAAUUCAUCUCACCAUCAAGAAUAAUAAUCGCAAUUAUAGAAUUUUUUCCUAUUUUGGAACAUCAACUGAAAAAUUAGCUACAUUUCUACAUAAACAGGACUUGAAAGUAGCAUAUAGAACAAAUAACACGCUAGGAAGGUUUAUCAAGAAAAAUAAAGACAAAACUUCUAAAUUUGAAAAAUCAGGUGUAUACAAACUCAACUGUGGAUCUUGUCCUAAGCCGAUUUCAAGCAAAACGACCGACAGGCCGGACGAAAACGGCCUCGUAUUUUCGAGACACGGAGCGAGAGAAGCGGCCCUCUUAUUGGUCAGAGACAAGAACGGUCGAUAUUCCCUCCUGAGGGAACCUCUUUAUCUGGAUCGAUGUGUGAUAGCGGCAGAUCCGGCGUGGCAAAGCUACUUCGAAGUACAGGAAUUAUUGGGAAGAGACACAUUCAUAUUUAAGGCUGAAGGUGAGGAUCAAACGAACAUCUGGUACAAACAAUUGCAGUUUUUCGCUCAAGGAAUGGGCGCAUGGAGAAAACGAAGAAACGCUCUUGCCAACAUAAUGAUUAACGGAAUGGGUUUACGAUCAUAAUGAAAUUUUAUUUAAAUUCUCAGGAAUAACAAAAACUAAUGCUAAUUGAUUGCAAACCAUUGUAAAAAUAUGUGACUAAAUAAUAUUCAUUGUUAGAUCUAUUUAAUUAAUAUCUUGUAAAUUGUAAAUGAUUUAGUUAAUUUAGCUGUGAUAUUUUUGGAAUGAUGGUUUUGGGACUAUUUUAUUUUUAGCUUAUAUAGUUGAUUUUAUUUAAUUAAUUGUAUCGAAUAUUCAAUAAAAUCCUUCAUGGUACUAUUGA